AUGUUGCUUUAUCAAACCACUUUGGCGGGCAUGCAGAGUAAAGUAUUUUUUCUUAUAGUUGCCUUGAAUGGCCUAGGCAUAGGCGAAGGCUCAAAAAGGCCUUUUAAUGUGGAGCUUCACAAUAUAAGUUACAAUACGUUCACCGAUCUGGUACAAACAAUCAACUGUGAUUUUAAAAAAUUGGCUCUAAAUCGUUACGCCGUCAAUGCUAUGUUUGAACUGAGUCGCAACAUGCCCCAAGAUACCGACAUAGAGAUCUUGAUACACUAUAGACUGCCCAAAGGAAUAAGGACAGUGAAAUUCCUAAAUCUCAAACUAAGGGUCUGUGACAUCUUGACCCAUGUGCCAACUGUACCGCUGAUUAAGGAGAUCCUCAAUAAAUUGGCAAGGGUCAGCAAUCUGCCAUUUUCGUGUCCCAUACAUGGGAACAAAAUGUACAAUGUUACAAAUUUGAUUGUAACCGAAGCCCUUUUUCCCAUAUAUGCUCCAAUUGUUAACUUUAAUUUUACUCUAAACUUUUUCGAGCAGCAGACAAAGUUUGCCUUCUUUCAAGUUGAGGGCUCUACCCUGCGAAAGACAUAGAGUGGAGUAGAG